GUAGCCAGUGUGCUUAUUUCUGGAGGAUACAUGUGUGUUCCAGAGAGCUAUGAUCCCCUCUUCAUGCACCCUGACCUGUCCUUUGGUACCCAUACCGGCAGCUGUGGCCACAUCAUGCACUCUCACUGCUGGCAGAGGUCUUUGAAUAUCAAUGAUGCAAACAGGGAGGAGAAAUAUAACAGGUUUGGAGGCAGUGUGUUUGAAGUGCCACUGCACUACGAUAAGCCCGCCUUUGAGAGUGAAACUCGCAGCUAGGAGACCAGCAAAACACACUGUGACUGUAAACACACACACACACACACACAUGCGUACAUGUUCACAUACACUAUACAUACAUUUACAGUCACAGGUUUGGAUUUAAAAAUGCAUUUUAUUUCAUUUCUGUGUUAUUUAAUGACCUCAUGCUGUGGUUAAUGGGAGGAAAAUCUCUCUUCUCUUUUAUCUCUGGGGUGUGUGUACUGGAGAAACACACAGUUCACCAGCUCCCUCUGCUGGACAUGUGUUGCAUUACCUCUCUCUUUCUCGCACACACAGUCAGUAUAUACUGAAUUUGCCAUGUGACGGGUGUUCCUGGUUCAGUAUGGGUGGAGCUUAUGUGAAUUUUUUUUCAACUUAAUCAUGUGACAUCCGUUAGCUUUUCUUUCCACUUGUUCAGCUUGAUCAUCUAUUUAAUGCUGUAUAGCGACUGCUGGGGAGGUAACGUUAAUGUUCGCUAUGUUAACUAGUGCUGUGGGUAGGUGACGGGCUAGCACAGCUGAUAUUACUAAACUAUUAUACUGUUUAAUUAUAGGCAGGCUUUUAUGCCCACAAAUACUAAAGAAAUAAAAACAGAAGCUAGUGGUAAUGUUAUACAGUUCAGAUUAUACUUAAGCUCUGCCCUCACUGACUCAGACACGCCUGUCAAUUGGCACAAAAAGCUUGCUAUUUAAAAAUAAAUAAAUAAAUAAAUAAAUUCUUAAAAUUAUUCUAAUUUUACUAACUAUUUUACAAAAUAUCAAAAUGUGUCCUUUUAUGUGUGUGUGCUUCACAACGUGGCCUUAUUGGUAUCUUCUGUACUCUAUGAACUACUGAUCUGAACUGUUAAAUAAGAGGUGUAAUUUUAAUCAAAUUAUAGUGAUAUGAAAAUGUAAACUGUAAAUAAAGUCUCUUUUUAUCAUGAAUGUGUGUGUCCACUUGGUCCCUUGGCAUGAGCGGGGAUAUUUAUCUAGAGUAUCAGUUACUAUAUGAAGUCUGUAGUAACAGCAUUUCUCUGAAGAUGAUUUAAUGGAGCUUGUGUUUAGAGUGUAACUUGUACUUUAGUUUUCUUCAUUUUCCCAAAAUUUAACACCAGAUACUUCACAGUACAUGGAGCACAUGGAGAUACAAACUUUAUAGU